AUGUCAAAUUCUGCUGAUUGGAUGCAUUUCUAUCAGCAGAACUCAUCCAGGCAACCUCAAAAUACCCCAAGUUUUAGUGGAAGUGUGUCUGAGACUGUCACGGCGGCUGCCGCCAGUGGACGUGCCACCGAGGCGGUACAAAGCAACUUGAGUCCAAGUUAUAGUAACUUGAACAUGGAUGGUGGUCGUGCUUCAAGACCUCUCAGAAGGCGACCAAGGGCGUUGAGGCGAACCCCCGCCGUGUUAAUUAAUACGGAUACUAGCAAUUUUAGAGCCAUGGUGCAGCAGUUCACUGGUGGUCCAAGUUCUUCAUUUGCAUCUAGGACUGAGUAUUCUAAUGGCGUAAACUUCAGUUCUGGACUUGGAACUCAACAACCUAUGAACCCAUCUACGGCCAUGGCUCCUCAUGGAUUUCAAAUUCAAUUCCAAAGACAACAAUAUCCGAAUCAGCAACAACACAUUUUCACUUCACUGAAUAAUAACACUCAAUGUGAUGCUGCUGCUUUUCUGCACAAAUUCAUGCCUAACACAGAGGUGGAGGCCUCUAGUGGCUUUGUCAAGAAUGGUGGCUCAGCCCAUGUGCAACCGUCCGAGGGCAGUGGUGGCUUCCACCAAUGA